GCCUCGGUGCCUCAUAAGGUAGGCGGUGCAGACGGCGGCCGAGCGGCUGCGGCCGUUUUUGCAGUACACUAGGCAGGCGCCGCCGCCGCGCACCGCGGCCUCCAUGGCUGCGCACGUGGGCUCCAGGUGCGCCAGCAGGUCCUCUGCCGGGUCGUCGAACACGGGCACGCGCAGCUCUGCCACGCCGGGUGCGCGCGGGCCGGGCUGCUGGCGGGAGACGUUGACGCACAGCGUGACUCCCGCGCGCGCCAGCUGCUCCUCCGCGCCCGCGGCGCGCGCGCUCCCGAGGAAGAGCGAGGGCGCGACGCGCACGAACGGCGGCGGCACUGGCGAGGCGGUCACGCGGCGUCCCGCGUCUCCCGGCCCCAUGGCGCCCGACGAAGAGUCUGCUUGGGGCUCGGGCGCCCGCCCUGAGGAUCUAUUUUUGGGGCUCAGGCACCCACCCAGGAGUCUAUUUGUGGGAGCUGGGCGGGCCGCCGGGCGCCCCCGGGUCCUAGAGGCCUCCGAGGUGGACCAGGCCGGGACUCGGGCCUCCCGUGGGCGCCUGGCCGGGGCAGGGGGCUUGAGCCUCGUGGGGGCCGGGGCAUGGCAGAAGGCUUGGGCCUCGCCAGGGCUCCGGCGCCUUGGACCGCUCUGCGUCCCCUGCUCGCUGUCCUCAGGCUCCGUCCUCCCUGCCCCGGCGGCCUGCGGUACUGGGCUCGCGCCUGCGCCGAGCGGCGUCCCUGUCCGCUCCACUGCGGUGCCUGGCGCGGAGGCGUGGCUCGCCGGGGCCUGCCCACUGCGUGCCCCCGUCGUUCGGCUAGGGCCCCGUGGUUGCCCCGUGCCUGUGGACGGCGAGCUGCGUGGUUCCCGUGUGUUUUCCCUUUCCCUAGUGACUGCGUUGUCGGCUUUACGUUUAUUCCUUUUUGUGACCCGCUUUGUAACUGGUGCAUUUUUUUCUGUGUAUUGUAACACAUGGCUCAUAAAACUGAUUUCUGUUUUCAUGACUUCUUCAUAGACCACAAUAUUCCUUUUGCUCUAUCUCAGUAAUUUAUUGGGGUCAGCAUUGUAACUUUAAACAAUUUAAUAUCACUUAAUGACCAUUAAGUUGCCAUUUAAGAUCCCUUCAAUUUUUCUGACGUCUGGUAAUUUUCAGGGAAUGGAUACAGUGAAAAGCAACUGUCUCACAGCCCUGCAGACAUUUAGCGAUUGAAGUCUCAGUUUUAGAAGUCUCUCUCGGGGUUAUCUUCAUUGCUUUGUUCCAUCAGCCAUCUAGCAUUGGUAACUGUCAGAUCUUUAUUGCAGCCUGGGGUUCACUCUUGAGCUAAAGACUCAUAUAUGUCUGCAGCCAGGUCUUCACUGGUUGCAGCUCCAGACAUCACCUUCGUGCAGGUCUUAACAGCAUCUAUUUCCCACUUCCUCCACCCUAAGGAAGGACUCCAGCUUUCCUGGGAUGGAGAAGGAGUGGAAUUCCCUUCUUUUCCCCAUAGUUCAUGGGAGCCAUUGAUUAGGUUGGGACACUGUUUCCCUCCACCUUCUAGGAGUUGGCCCUAUCUCUGGCCAAAAGUAAAGGCCACACUCCUGUGACUGCUCUGGAAAUGGGCUUGGUGUCUAAUAACCCAUGGAGGAGAGAGCACUUUGGUAGGCUCCUCUGUUCUCUCAUGACCAUAAGGGGAAGCCAGCCUUGGGUGAAAGCAGAGGAGAUGGGAGAGCCAAGGUCCUUGAUGCCUUGGACCUUGGACUGUUGGGCCACUUAAAUGAAUCAAACAAAACCUGAAGUCCCUCCUUGUGGACUGAUUCAUGAAUCAUCACCCUUUAUGGUUGGAGGAUGGUUGAGGUGGGUUUUCUGCUCCAAAGCCUGCUACUUGAACCAUCAUGCUCCCACACCAUUGAGCUAAUGGAUUGGGAACCAAUUCUUCCUAAAUGUCUCUGCACCUCAUUGCCACACACAGUCUGGGCCAGCCUCUGUCUCCUGGACUUGGUGCUAGUCCCCCACAGCGUAACCAGAACGUACUUGCUAAGAACGGAGCGUUUCUACAUGUUGGUUCUGACUCCUUAGCAAGUUGUAAUUCACAACUAAUGUGAGUUGUGAAAUCAAUUCUGUGGGUCAUGAUAAGCAUUUUAGUUUUUAGAGAAAUAGUAGACUACAUGAAAAUAUUGGAGUGCAUGCAUGUAGUAUUGUGAACUUUUAAUGAAACAGUUUUGGUCGUGGUAUGAGAUUUUACUGUAGAGAGAAGUGAACUCAGAGACAGGCACUGGCAUGUGGAGGCAGUGCCCCUAGAACCCCAGAAUCCUGGCCCAGCCUUAGUCCCUGGAAAGUUAGUGGGGAUGGCCAGGGCAUCGGCUCUUCACACACCCUCCCCUGUUCUCAGAGGCAGUCUGUGUUGAGAAACGCAAGCCCUGCCCCUCCAAGAGCCUCUCCUCUCUUUCCAGGAAGGCCCAGCUGUUUCCCACCGUGGUGCCUCUGUACAUCCCAGUCCAGUUCCUGAAAUGCGCUCUGUAGCCUGGAGAGCUCCUGUGCAUCCUGCGAAGCCCCAUCAGGAAUCCUCUCUCCCGCAAGCCUUCCCCAAGACCUUUGGUCCAAGACAGCCAAUCCCUUUUCUCUGCGGUGACUCCUGCGGCCUCCCUCAUCUCGUUCCCUCCGCAGGCCUCCAGCUCCCCUUGCGCCCUCCACAUUUACCGAAUGGACAAAGGCUGGGGCUGGAAUCAGGCAGGGCUCGAUCAAGCUGUGGCUCCACGUGCCAGGUUGGAAGACCACAGACAUGGAAGGGGGCCGUGCCUCCUUUAGCUUAGACCACGAAGUCUCCGGGGCUGCCAGCCCCCAACGCCCGCUGGAGGGGAAGGGCGGCGAGACCUCUGCUGCCGAGGAGCUGGGGCCGCUGGAGAAUUACGCUGUCUUCGCCACAAGGGAUGUUUCAGCAUCCUCUGAGAAGGAAGAGGAGGAAUCUGAGGGCCCGCUGAGGGCGCAGGACCUGAAGGAGGCCUACAUCCAGCUCGUCCAGGGUGUGCAGGAGUGGCAGGAUGGCUGCAUGUACCGAGGGGAGUUUGGGCUGAACAUGAAGCUUGGAUAUGGCGAAUUCUCUUGGCCCACAGGCGAGUCAUACCAUGGGCAGUUUUACCGGGACCACUGCCAUGGCCUGGGUACCUACAUGUGGCCAGAUGGCUCCAGUUUCACGGGCACAUUUUACCUCAGCCACCGGGAAGGCUACGGCACCAUGUACAUGAAGACACGGCUCUUCCAGGGGCUGUACAAAGCGGACCAGCGGUUUGGGCCAGGCGUUGAGACCUACCCUGACGGCAGCCAGGACGUGGGGCUGUGGUUCCGGGAGCAACUCAUCAAGCUGUGCACCCAGAUCCCCAGUGGCUUCUCCCUCCUCAGCUACCCUGAGUACUCCGGCUUCCUCACUUACAGCCCUGCCAGGAUCAGCCUCUCAGAAGAGGAGAAAACAGAGUGGGGACUGCAGGAGGAACAGGACCCCUUUUUCUAUGAGUAUAAGCGGUUUCUUCUGAAUGACAACCUAAUGCUGCCUCCAGAAACGUAUGUCUACUCGACUGACUAUGACCACCUGCCCAUGACAAGCUCUUUCCGCAAAGAGCUGGACACCUGCAUCUUCCUCAAUGAAAUUCCUCCGUUCGUUGACGAUGGAGAACCCUGGUUCAUAAUCAAUGAGACCCCUUUGUUGAUCAAAAUCCAGAAGCAAACUUACAAGUUCAGGAACAAGCCGGCUCACACCAGCUGGAACAUGGGCGCCAUCCUGGAGGGGAAGCGCAGUGGCUUUGCACUCUGCGGGCCCAAAGAGCGGCUUUCCACGGAGAUGAUCCUAAAGGCUGAGGAAGGGAACCACGACUGGAUUCGUGGGAUCCUGAAGGACAACUUUGCUAGUGCCGACGUGGCGGACGCAAAAGGCUACACUGUGCUCGCUGCGGCUGCUACUCACUGCCACAACGACAUUGUCAACCUUCUCCUGGACUGUGGGGCCGACGUGAACAAGUGCUCAGAUGAGGGUCUCACGGCGCUCAGCAUGUGUUUCCUUGUCUACUACCCUGCCCAGUCCUUCAAGCCCAAUGUUGCUGAACGGACCAUGCCCGAGCCCCAGGAACCUCCAAAAUUCCCAGUUGUUCCAAUCCUUUCAUCAUCAUUCAUGGACACAAAUCUGGAGUCUCUGUACAGUGAGGUGAACGUGCCUUUCCAGGGUAGCUGUGAGCUGAGGCCACCGCCAACACCACCGCCACUGCCACACAUCUUGGGCAGCCAGGAGGGCGGCCACUCUCAGGACAUUGGACAGCCUGGGGAGUCUGUGGACCACAGGAGCAGCUCUCUGAAGGGGUACUCCCCGUUGGUGAAGGGCAGCCUUGGCCAUGUGGAAAGUGGGCUCGAGGACAUCCUGGGAAACACAGACCGGGGCACUCUGUGCAGCACUGAGACGAACUUUGAGUCCAACGUGUGUGUGUGCAACUUCUCCAUCGAGCUCUCACAGGCCAUGCUGGAGAGGAGCGCCCAGUCCCACAGCUUGCUGAAGAUGGCCUCGCCCUCACUCUGCACCAGCAGCUUCGACAAAGGGACCAUGCGGAGGAUGGCACUGUCCAUGAUCGAGCGGAGGAAGCGCUGGCAGACCAUUAAGUUGCUGCUGCGCCGAGGCGCGGAUCCCAACUUGUGCCGCGUGCCCAUGCAGGUCCUGUUCCUCGCGGUGAAGGCCGGGGACGUGGAUGGGGUGAGGCUGCUGCUGGAGCACGGGGCGAGGACCGACAUCUGCUUUCCCCCGCAGCUGGGCACCCUGACACCACUCCACAUCGCUGCUGCCCUUCCUGGGGAGGAGGGGGUACAGAUCGUGGAGCUGCUGCUGCAUGCCAUCACCGACGUGGACGCUGAGGCAUCUGACAAGGACGGCACUUACAAGUCCGGCAAGCUGGAUCUGCUGCCCUCAAGUCUGAAGCUCAGCAACGAGCCAGGCCCUCCCCAAGCCUACUACAGCAUGGACACGCCCCUCCCCGAGGAGGGGGGCAGGACGGCUCUGCACGUGGCCUGCGAGCGGGAGGACGACAACAAGUGUGCCAGGGACGUAGUCCAGCUCCUUCUAUCCCACAGAGCAAAUCCUAACCUGCUAUGGAGUGGCCACUCCCCGCUCUCCCUGUCCAUUGCCAGUGGGAAUGACCUGGUUGUGAAGGAGCUCCUGACCCACGGAGCGGACCCCAACCUGCCCCUGACCAAAGGCUUGGGCAGCGCCCUGUGUAUUGCCUGUGACCUGACCUAUGAGCACCAGAGGAGCGUGGACGAAAGGCUGGCCCUGAUUGACCGACUCAUCGAUCACGGGGCCGACAUCCUGAAGCCCGUGACGCUCAGACAGGGGGAAAAGGUGGCGGUGGGCACAGCUGUGGACUAUGGCUAUUUCAGAUUCUUCCAGGACCGGAAGAUUGCCCACUGCCCCUUCCACACGCUGCUGCCGGCGGAGCGCGAGACGUUCCUGGCACGGAAACGGCUCCUGGAGUACAUGGGUUUGCAGCUACGGCGGGCUGUCUGUGCCAAGGAGAGCCAGUGGGACCCCACGUGGCUGUACCUGUGCAAGAGAGUGGAGCUGAUCCCCAGCCACAGGAUGAAGAAGAAGGGCCCCAGCCUGCCCAAGGGCCUGGAUGUGAAGGAGCAGGGGCAAAUUCCCUUCUUCAAGUUCUGCUACCAGUGUGGCCGCUCCAUCGGGGUCCGCCUCUUGCCCUGCCCUCGCUGCUACGGGAUCCUGACCUGCAGCAAGUACUGUAAGACCAAGGCCUGGAACGAGUUCCACAAGAAGGACUGCGGGGACCUGGUGGCCAUCGGCCACAUGAAAGAAAGAGGGAAAUGUUUAGACUCACUGGUUUCGCUUUAUGGGGUGGCCUCAUCGGGGACGGGCUCCUGUGCACACGAGGACAGCUUGCUGGACAGUGACAGCCACCAGCUCAUCCUCAGCCGUGGCAUCUGUGAAGCCUGUAAGGUUUACUGCCCCUCACCCACUCUCAGGAAAGCUGUGGUGGCCUUAUUGUUGGGGUCUCUCAGCCCCACCUUCCCUAGACUCUACCCCCUUCUUUGAUGGCUGUGACACAUGCUGUGCCACCAGCCUUCAGUGUCCAUUGGAGAGAUGGACGCCCAGUUAUGGUCCUUCAGUGAUUUCAGUAGUGCAUAGGGCAGGAGGAAGGUGGACUGAGACGUGGGAGUUAGUUUUCUGUCCCAAACUCAAGGGAGCACUGCGAUUAUAAAUGGUGUUUCUCGAUGGAGGGCCUUGUCCCCAGAUAAAGAACACUUAGGGUCACCUGGACAGCAGUGUGUGCACCCACGGGUGUGUCUGUCUCUGUGUGCGUGCAUGUGUGUGUACUGUGGAUGUAUGUAAU